AUGUCCGGACGUGGCAAAGGUGGCAAGGGCUUGGGCAAGGGUGGUGCCAAGCGCCACAGGAAGGUACUUCGCGACAACAUCCAGGGCAUCACCAAGCCCGCUAUUCGCCGUCUGGCACGCCGUGGUGGUGUCAAGCGUAUUAGCGGCCUCAUCUAUGAGGAGACCCGCACAGUACUGAAGAAUUUCCUGGAGAACGUCAUUCGUGACUCGGUCACCUACACCGAGCACGCUCGCCGCAAGACUGUGACCGCUAUGGACGUGGUCUACGCGCUGAAGCGACAGGGUCGUACUCUGUAUGGCUUCGGUGGUUAA